AUUACAGUCUGAAAACUGUUCCAAAUUUUCAGUUAAUACGCAACCAGUACAUUAGCUCCGGAAUAGCGAUAAUCAAUCCUCCCUCAUAAGACUAAAUGCCUUAUCUUCAAGAAGUUAAUAAAUUUGUAAUAAAAAUUGAUAUAAUGUUCUGUAAUACCGAAAUCUUAUUAUCGAAAGAACGGGUGAUCCCACCUCCAAAAACUGGGGCCUCCAAUUACUGGCACCCCUUAUAGCUGCCUCGUUUCAUUCAAAUCUCUGUGAUUUUCGAAUUAAAUGGAAUACUGUUGUUGAAAAUCACGCUUAGGAUAUAAAAAACCGAAUGAAGUUGAAAUUGCGAAAGUUUUUUUCGAGUUUUCGAAUUUAAAAAAAUUAGGUAUGUAUACUUUUCCCUAAGUGUCUCGAACCAGAUACCAAAUGUCUUCUUCCAAGCAAUCUGCUGGACACAGGCUAUAUUUUAAAAAGGACAUUUACAUAUACUUGGAUUCCACAAUAUGAAAAAAAAUUUCUGUAUGUACAGUUAAAUCUAAGGAGAAUUGAUUUUUUCUAGAAAAACCAAUUCUUUCAAUCUCCACUGAUAGCUUCAUUCAGAAGCAAACUCUCCUUCGAUUUUAUUAAUGUGGUUCUUAUAUUCAUUUAAUAUUUCAAUCUAUCACCCACCUUGCAUAGUAAUCACAAUCCCUAUUGUAGUGCCCUGAAGAUGACUUUAUAAAGUUCUGAACGUCGGCAAUAGAUCCAUAGUGGUUUUAGAUAUUUUCAUUUUACUGUUUCUUGCUUCGUCAUUUCUUUGAAUGUUGCAAGGGAUCUGGAUAGCAAUGAAUGUUUUCAUUGUAUUGACCUAAAAUUUCAAAUCAGGAAAAUAGUACAUAUCGCUCAUUUGCUGCAACAUCGACACAUUUCAAAAAUCGGCAUUUUCCGUAUUAUAUUGGAGAAAGAACCCUUCUAGUCUUCCCGAUUUUCUGGUAGAACGACAUUUCUCAGCUUUCAAAAAUGAGCGCGAGAGGGCACUAUGUGUCGUUAUUCUGUUUCGGCGGGAAACUAAGCAUCUACAGCUAGAGAGAACUAUUUCAGUUAGUAUUCAUCGGUCGUUUCAGAAAGUGCACAUCAAUGUCUUGAAGAAAGUCAUAUUUUGUGUUGUGACGUUCCUGUUGAAAAGGUGAGUUGUUGUAAAAUGGAUUUGUAAUAAGCAAUAUCGUCUUAAUAAUUGAUGUGACCAUAUUGUUGACAAAUAGUCGAGGCUUUAUUUGAGGUGUAUUAUUCAAUAUGCCACUCUUGCAGCAAAAAUACUAGUUCACUCUUGUAUCAGUUUAUGUUAUGACGCUCUUGCAGAGAAUAACUUUCCCAUUCCUAUAAUGCCAUGAUGACACAUUUCCAUAAAUGUCCUUAUUACUGCAAAUAUAUGUUGUAAAAUGUGAGGACAUCAUAAAUUAUUUUGUGUUGUGUCGAUCUUGCCGAAAUCAUAGCAUCCAAAGUAUUCACAUUGAAUUUUUCUCCAUCUCAGAUUUCCAAAAUUAUGGGUGAUCGUGGGAAACUUAUGUUGAAACUAGCUCGUGAAAAGAACGAAAAAUUGUCCAAAGAAACGUCCACUGAAUCUAUGGAGAUCGUUCGAGACAACAUAACAAAUGCUACCGAAAAUUGCGCUGCGAUAAAUGCGUCAGACUCCAUAAUCACUUCAGAACCAAUAGCUACCAUAGAAAAUAAUGAAUCAAAUUAUCAUCUUUCUGACUCGCCCAGACAAGAAGGCUUGGUAGAACAAUUUGAUCUAUCAUCCUCUAGUAGUAGCUCGUCUUCAACAUCUAGUUCUGGAGAUUCAAGUUCAUCAGAAGAUUGCGAUGAUAUACUUUAUGACAAAACUUAUACUCCCCAAGAUGACUCGGAGUCUGAUGAAGGUAACAUCAAUAAUCUUAUCCCAGAAACUGAUGCUCCAAAUCAAGUUGCGACGGUUACAUCGGAGUCAAAUUCAAUCCAUGCUGAGGAAGCAACGCCACCUUUGAAUGCAACGGGCAAUUCAGUCAAUAUUCUGAUAACACCUGAGAAAAAAAGCCUCAAACGAAAAAGUAACGAAAACUGCUGGAAAAGAAAUAUUUUGAAGAAAGCUCGAAAUACCGGGAAAGCAUAUGAAAUUCACACAUCAAGUAAAAAAAUCAAAAAUGAAAGGAAAAUGAAGCCAGCUUGUGGAGAAAAAUGCAAACUAAAAUGUUCAGAAAAGUUUGCAGAAGAAGAACGGUUAAAAAUAUUUUCCGAAUAUUGGGCACUUGGAGAUAUCCAAAAACAAAGGCAGUUUAUUUCCAAUAGCAUGCAAGCUGUUCAACCAAAAUACAGGUAUAUUCGUAUUGGCGGUACACGUAGCCCUAGACAGAACAACAACUCCUUCUAUUUCAAUAUGAACAAUCAGCGAAUACGUGUGUGCAAGUUAUUCUUCAAAAAUACACUGGACAUUAAUGAUCGCCCUAUACGUACAGUAUUGACUAAACAAAACAAAGUAGCUGAUACAUUGCUAGAAGACGAUCUACGUGGAAAACAUGGAAAGCAGAAGGUUAGUAAAGUGGUCAGGAAUGGUAUCAAGCAAUUCAUUCAGAAUAUCCCCAAGAUAGAGAGUCACUACACAAGGGCCAACACGAGCAAACUAUUCAUCGAUGGUAGUAAGACUAUUUCACAGCUACACGCAGAUUACGUUACUGAAUGCAAAACGAAAAAUGCUCCUUACGGAAAUUAUGUCUUAUUUUAUCGUGUUUUCACGAAUGACUUUAACCUGUCGUUCUUUGUGCCUAAAAAAGAUUUGUGUGAAACCUGCAGUAGUUAUGAGAAUUCGAAUGAUGCCGAGAAAGAAGCUAUGAAAGAAGGAUAUGAUCAGCAUUUACAUGAGAAAACAUUAUCAAGAAUCGAGAAACAAAGAGACAAAGAGGACGCAAAUGCAGUAGUAGCAGUCUACGAUCUUCAAGCAGUAGUACAAUUACCUAAAGGCGACGUAUCCGUUUUUUAUUAUAAAUCAAAAUUGAACGCUUUGAAUUUUACAGUGUAUGACUUGCAGAGUAAUAAGUGCGAUUGUUUUAUUUGGGACGAAUCGCAGGGUCAUAGGGGUGUGAAUGAACUCGGAACAUGUGUCUUGAAAUAUCUAAGAGAAAUAAACCAGAACAAUUCAAAUGCUAACAGAGAAGUUAUAUUCUACUCGGAUAACUGUGCGGGUCAACAGAAAAAUAAAUUUAUGGUCGCAUUAUAUUUAUACGCUGUUCGAAAAUUCGAAAAUAUUAAAUCUAUAACACACAAACAUCUGAUCAAAGGACAUACUCAGAAUGAAGGUGAUUCGGCGCAUUCUUUGAUUGAAAGACAAAUGAAAAGGCAUUUGAGAGGCGGGCCUAUGUAUACUCCUGCAGCUUUCAUUUCGGUGAUACAUUUGGCCAAAACAAAAGGAGAACCAUUUAAAGUUCACGAGAUGAAUUUUGAAGAUUUUUCUGAUAUAAAAACUUUGGCUACAGACAUAGGUCUUGGGAAUAUGGCUGGUAAAAGAAGUGCGCUUGAAGGCCUUUGUUAUGAUUUGAAUUUCAAACAUCCUUGUGUUGAAUUGUCACGUGUUGAGGUUGAAACGAGAAGCAGUCCCGAAGUAUCCUUGAAGAAUAUUCCACCGAAUACAGUGGAAACUAAUCUGGUACCCAAGGUUUUAUUGGAUGGACAGGCACUGAAUAUUUCUCCUAACACAACAUAUAUCAUUGAACCUGUAGUGAAUUUAUUCAUUGACCAAGAAGAUGGAAAUCUUGAUAAGAAAAUUCAGGAGAUUUCAGGUAUUCUGGAAACAGAAAACAUGUUAAUUGAAAAUGUCACUGAAGAUAAUGAUUUGGAAAUGGAUCAUCCCAACAAGGAAAUCAUUAUAAUUGGAAAUGAGAUUCUUAAUACGGAUUCAUGUAUAAAAUGGACUAUUCAUGACACGUCAUUAAACAUGGACUAUAUCUCUGAAGAAAUGCCCAACUAUGAGGAUGUUCUGAAAAAUGAUGUUGUUGUAGAAACAUUCAAUCAUGACUCUGAUGAAACUGUUGUUGACUCUGUUAGUGAGACCCAUCCUGGGGACAGUGGGCACAACCGUCUUAGGAAGCUUAUGAUAAGAUUAGGGCUAGCAGAAACUGACAGGUGCAGAUUCUGUGGGAAGGAGGAUGAAACUCCUGAUCACAUAGUUACGGAAUGUCUCGCUCUCUCAAACCAACACAAAGAAUGCUUUAGGCAAUCUGCAGGAGCGAAGAUGUAG